CACUGAGACGACGUGUGAGCUUGUGUGUGUGUAUGUGUGCACUCUCGGCUUGCGCACCGUUCAACAUCGCUCCAGCAUCAAUCCCUCUUCACCACCACACUCUCUGAUUGAUUUCCAAGCCUGCUAAGUAAAGCCGUUGUUGCAUCUAUUGCUUCGUUAUUCCAGUCUCAAGCUGUGUGUUUUUAGCCUGCCUGCCUGCCUGCCUGCCUGUCUCUGUAUACCAAGUAGGGUUUCCAGCUUCAUCGUCUGCGUUGCUGAAGUCAGCUGCUGAAUGUUGCCUCGACGCUUCCGUGUUUUUGGGGUUGGUUGGUUGGAAAUGGAAGAGCAAUGUGAAAUUGAUAACACUAGAAGCAGCACCUGGUCCAUUUCAAGACUGCUCCAGGCGAACGGAGAGAUGGGCACUUGAAAUAGACUUGUUUGAUCCGAGAGACCAUGUGAUUUGAGGCUUCUUCCGAAUAAUGCAGGUUUCAAGUCACAAGCUUAAGUCAAUACGCUUCCGCUUGGCUGUGGAGACAUGUACACCCUAACCGACACGCGUAGGAAUUCGGGGAUGCAGGAGAGUAGAAGUGAUCAAUAGGUAGAUGCAUCCAUAGACAGGAGGAAGAUAAUUCCUCUGUAUCUAGGAGUAACGUGGUUUUAGCAGUCAAGCCAUGAUUUCGUGUGGAUCACCCCUCGCAGCUCAGAUUGGUUUUCAGGCUGCUAAUCUGAGCAAAGACUAUUACAAAUCUGUGGCUAAGGAGCUCUAUGAGGUGCUUAUCUUUUCUGAAACGAGGGCUGCCGGGAAGCAGGCAAAUAAAAUUUUCAUAUAUUCUAUUACGAAAUUGCCUUGAGCAAGUCAAUUUGGCAGAGAAUGAUCAAAAUCUACAAGUGAAACUCGAUUUGUUGGCACUUGUUCUUCGAAAUUUGAUACACCAGCCCAAUUCUGGGACUGUGUUAUGCGAAGCUUUGCGAAACCUCCCAUGUGUUAGUGAAGAGUUUUUUGCUAACCUGUGUAGAGCGCUAAAGCUUUCCUUGCCGGAGCAAAUUGCUCUUGGAAUUGCUCUUGCAGACGCAGAAGAUAUUAGUCAACGCCAACAAGGUCAAGCUUUUUUUGAGACGAAGGUUGAGGAGUGGUGUCAAAAUCCUAUAUCAGAUUUGUCAGAAGAUUUGAUUGAAAGAAUUUUAUGGUGUCUGUUCUCAAAUGAAUCACUUCUGAAUCUCCAGUCUUCCUUUUUUCUGGAAUUGCUGUGCUCUACAAUCGCUACUGUGAUGUUGUUUAAAGUUAAUGUGCUUUCUGAACAUGGCUCGCAUAAAAACCCGAGUUUGAAUUGGAGUUUGAUAGUAUCGAGGCUAGAUUACGAGGGUUUUUAUCUGCCCGAUGAAAACGCCUUCAUUCUAUUCAUGACUAUGUACAAACUGGGGUGUGAGGAUCCUUUUCCUAUCGAUGCUAUCUGUGGCCAUGUGUGGAGAAAUGAUGAGGGCCAAUUGUCUUUCUUGAGACAUGCAAUUUUAUCGGCUCCAGAGGUUUUCAGUUUUGUUCAUUCGACAAGGAAACUGAUGGAGACUUCAGAGAGAAAGUUGAAAUCACCCAACUAUGCCUGGCUUUCUCUAGAUCUGGUUGAAGUACUUUGUCGCCUUGCAGAGACGGAGCACGUUGAUGAGAUUCGGGAGAUUUUGGAAUUUCCACGUCACCACUGUCCAGAGCUUCUGGCUCUGAGUCUUGUGCAGAUCAACAGUGAUGUAUCUUUGAAGGGAUCUCAACAAAGCUUUCAAGAGGAAAUGCUUUCUCGGAUACUUGGACCAUUAUUCUCACAAGUUACUCUCAGUGCCGAGGGGGAGACUCUUGAUCCUUUGUGGAGUAAGCUUUGGGCUUUGAACCCAGAAAUUUUGAAAAUGGAAAUGGUGAAUCUCCUCUUCUCGAAGGAUCACUCUGUAUACGACCAGGUCUUGCAGAUGUUCUCGUUUGCAAUACAAGCAUUGGAUUCAUUUCGUGAACGACUAAGCGAGUGGCCUGAAUUCAUUUACCAUAUUCUAAAAGUACGGCACAUUCAUGAAGCCCAGAAUGACAUUCUAGACUACAUUAUGAACAUAGUUAAAGAAAAUCAGGCAGUUGAUCCAAGUACAGCUGUUAAUGAUUCUAAUGUUUGCUCUGUGGUAGCACGUCCGAUAAUUGUAAAAGCCCCGACGAGCCUUUUGCAAGAUACUCAAGUUGGAGUUCGCAAUUUGAAAUCAGCGGUUGACUUUGUCUAUCCAGCUGGGAAUAGGUUCUCUGGCUCUCAGUCACGAUAUCUAUCAGGACAGGGUUUAGAUUCUUUUCUUCAAAUAUCUGCUAGGAGUUUCUCGUCAACGGCCGAGGCACAAUCGCAGAACAGUACUCAGUCUGUUCCACAAGCAUCUUUAGAUUCCUUGUUAUCGUUACAGUCAGGAUUUGGCACAAAUUCUCAAUCACCCUUUCAACCAAUAUUCCGUGCUACAUCUGUAACACCUACACAAUAUCAACCUUCUCAACCCUCAGCUGAAGAGACGGCUAACAAUGUAAUGUCCGACGCACAAGCGAAGCAAAGUGCGAUCACUCCAAGCUCGCAACCCAGUCGAACUACUGAGACAGUAGUGUCAUCACAGCAUUCAAGUGCAGAGGCUACCAGCCUUUCUGCAGCAGCUCGUGAUUUUCCUUUUUCAGCAGCCUCAAAUGGUCACACAGCAAAUCAAGCUCACAUUCGGACUGGCACGAGGUCUGGAAAUGCUUCAGGCUCAUUUCGCAUAGCUAUUUCUGGAUUUGGACAUGCUCUUAACAUAGAGACCCUUGUUGCUGGUGCUGGUAAACGGGACAAGCCUAUUGAGGCACCAAGUUCAGAGAUACAGGAUAAAGUAGCAUUUAUAAUUAACAACAUAUCUUGGACGAAUCUGGAAGCUAAAGCGGAGGAAUGUGCUGAAAUUUUGGAAGAGUACUAUCCAUGGUUUGCCCAAUACGUUGUGAUGAAAAGAGCAAGCAUCGAACCAAACAAUCAUGACACGUAUAUCAAAUUUUUAGACAAGAUGGAUUCAAAGGAGUUGCACAAGGAAGUUCUCAGGACAACCUAUGAAAACUGCAAGGUAUUAUUCGCCUCCAACUUGAUUAAGACUCACUCGGAGGAGAGGUCACUUCUGAAGAAUUUAGGAAGUUGGCUUGGAAAGUUAACCAUUAGGCGGAAUCAAGCAUUGAGAGCCCGCGAACUUGACCCGAAGUCUCUAAUUAUCAAGGCAUAUCAGAAAGGACUUAUGAUUGCAAUAAUUCCAUUUACAUCUAAGGUACUGGAGUCCUGUAACCAGAGUCUGGCUUACCAACCUCCGAAUCCAUGGACUAUGGCAAUACUAAGCUUACUUGUGGAGAUUUAUAACUUACCUAAUUUGAAGAUGAAUCUCAUGUUUGAUAUUGAGGUUCUUUUCAAGAAUCUAAAUGUAGACGUGAGGGAAGUAAAGCACUCGAAGCUUCUCGAGGGACUGGAGCGUGAGGUGGAAGGGAAUCCUGAUUUUUCAAACAAGGAUCCAAUAUUUUCCCAGUCACCGUCACCAGCCUUGUCGGCAAGCAGUUCUGCACCUACUGUGCCUGUACCAUCUCUACCUCAGCAGUUGGACAUGCCUCCUGAACUUCCGAGUGUCAUCCAGCCUGCCACAUCAUUGACUUCAUCGGUAAUUGCACAGUUAAUUGGGGAAGAAAGACCAUCACUUGCACUGGAGCGCGCUCAGAAUGUUCAAGCUUCGUCUACUCCAUCUCAACCAUCGUUCCCGUCCACUCAAGCGUCUAUGGCAAUUCCUGAUUUGACAUCUUAUGUUGUUCUAAAUGCGAAAUUAGCUGGACUUGGUCAACAUCUCCAGCUUGCGAGGGUUGUUCCUGUGGCCAUGGAGCGCGCUAUUAGAGAGAUUAUAAGCCCAGUAGUAGAUCGUAGUGUGACUAUUGCUUGUACGACUACUCGGGAGCUUGUGAUGAAGGUUAAUUAUGCAAUGGAAUCGGAUGAAAAUCGCACGAACCAGUCUGCUAAUUUGAUGGUAGCUAGCCUGGCUGGCAGUUUGGCCCAUGUUACCUGCAAGGAGCCUCUGCGAGUUGCCAUGGCAAAUUAUUUGAGAACUUUUCUGCAGACAGCUCUCGCCCAAGAUGUGCUAGAGCAAGCUGUAAAUUUAGUCACAAAUGAUAAUCUGGACUUGGGUUGUGCCGUGAUUGAGAAAUCCGCAACUGAGAAGGCGCAACGGGAUUUAGAAGAGGUGAUUGCACCCGCCUUCGCACAGCGAAGAGCCGACAGAAUACGCACGGGUUCUGCUUAUCAUGAUAAUUAUAUGUUUACAAAUCAGACUCUAAGUAAUCUUCCUGAGACCCUGCGUCCAAGACCAGGACAAUUAUCCAUUACACAGGCACGGGUGUAUGGGGAUUUUGCUCGAUUUCCUUGGCAGAAUCAGUCAAGUCACGCACCUGUAACGAUGGCAGGUCCUCCAGGUAUCACUAAUCUUUCAGGGAGAGGCAUUUAUUCUGUUCCAGGUCGUGACCCUGGUGCUAAUUCUCGUGCGUCAUUGAAUGGAAAUCAAUCUUCAUCAGUACUUGGAGCAACGGCUCAAGUUUCAGAUCCAUCAUCUGAUGAGAUGGACAUUACAGAACCAUCUCCGCUAAGUUUCAGCUCGAUGGCUUGUGCUGGUGGAGCGGACGCACAAGCUAGACUCUCUCAAGAGACCUCCCUCUCCUUCCCCAUACAUUCCAAUUCAUCAACUCCGCCUCCAGAAUUCAAUGUGGUGGAGACCCCAAGUGCCUCGAAGGGUAUGCUGGGAUCUACACCGUCUUCUACGCCACCUUUGCCUGCUGAUUAUGUUGGAUCUACUGCGCAAGAGCCUUCUCUAACCACUGGAGAGGCUUUGGAGAAGUUCAGUGUAGUGGCACAAAAGGCCCUGGCAAACGAGGUGCCCGAAAUCAUUUUGCAGUGCGUUAGUAGGGACGAGGCAGCUUCAGCAAUAGCUCAGAUGGUUUUUAAGCGUCUAUAUGACAACACUACCAGCCAAAUACAUGUACUAGUCCACCUCAACAUCCUGGAAUCCAUUCGAGACGUGUGCAGGAGAGUGGUCAAGGAAUUGACUAGCUGGGUUGUCUACUCUGAUGAGGAUCGCAAGUUCAAUCGGGAAAUUACUGUUGGUUUCAUCAGAUCUGAGUUGAUCAAUUUGACAGACUACGGUUUGCACCUGACAAAGUGUAUUGAUGGAGGCCGGAACAAUGACGCAGUUUCUUUUGCAGCGUACCUCGUGAAGACGUGUGUCAUUGAAGAGGCAGGUGUUACUAGCACAGAGUUUUACAAUGUGAUCGAAGCUCUUGGGAAGCUGGCAGCACGACCAGGCACUCCUGAGUCAUUGCAGGAGUUGGUGGAAAUUGCAAAGGGCACACCAAGUACAAACAAAGAUGAUAAAGGCAGGCUAUCUAAAGAGAAAAAGGAGUUGGCUGAGAGUCAUUGUUUGAACUCGGAGACUUCACACCCUGUCACUGUUGGAAGCGAGUCCAGGCUGCAAGAAGGAUCAAACAUGUCAUUUGCAGCCAUUGAUAUGGUUGCAAAGCUUGUUGUUUUGUUGGUGAAGUACUCAUCUGAGCCAUCCCUGAAUAAGGUCAAUCUUCUUACUAGGGUUUUAAACGUGACAGUCCGCACGAUGAAAAGGGACCAUGACCGCAAAGCAGGGUUCCAUCCUCGCCCAUACUUCCGCCUCUUUGUCACAUGGCUUAUGCAUUUUAAUUUAACAGAUUCCACCUUGGAUUCAAGUAAUUAUCAGGUUUUGCAAGCUUUCGGAUAUGCAUUUUUGACUUUGCGACCGCUCGAUGUGCCAGGGUUCAGCUUGGCGUGGUUAGAGCUGAUUAGUCAUCGAACAUUUAUGCCGAAGUUAUUGUUGAGCAACGCGCAAAAAGGAUGGUCUUUAUUUCAGAAGUUGCUAGUUGCACUAUUCAAGUUUAUGGAACCAUAUCUUCGAAAUGCCAACCUAAGUGAACCUGUGCGACUGCUUUAUAAAGGCAUGUUGCGAGUUCUUCUUGUGUUACUUCACGAUUUCCCAGAGUUCUUAUGUGAACAUCACUUCAGCUUUUGUGAUGUCAUUUCGCCAUCUUGCAUUCAAAUGCGCAACUUGAUUCUAAGUGCGUUUCCUCGCAACAUGCGUCUUCCUGAUCCAUUUACUCCCAAUCUCAAAGUUGAUUUGUUGCCAGAAAUAUCUCAUUCACCUCGUAUUCUCUCAGAUGUUGAAACAGCGUUGAAAUCGAAGCAGCUGAAAAGCGAGGUUGAUGAUUUCAUUAAGAACCGGAAUCAACAAACACUCACAUCCAUGGACUUGAAGGUACGAUUGACUCUGUUACCUCAGGAGGCGCAAGCUUCUGGCACACGCUACAACGUGCCUCUUCUUAACGCUUUGGUGCUUUACGUCGGAAUGCAGGCUAUUCAGCAACUUCAUAGCAAGACAUCACAGCAGGUGGCAGCACUCACGGCUCCUAUUACCCACAGCGCUCCAAUGGACAUAUUUGAGCUACUUGUCAAUGACCUUGACACCGAAGGGAGAUAUCUGUUUCUGAAUGCUGUGGCCAAUCAGCUGCGCUACCCCAACAAUCACACAUAUUAUUUCUCGUGUGUUCUUUUAUUUCUCUCUGCUGAGGCAUUAGUAGACAUCGUCCAAGAGCAGAUUACUCGUGUGCUGCUGGAAAGAUUAAUUGUCAAUCGGCCACAUCCUUGGGGCCUUCUUAUUACCUUCAUUGAGAUAUGUGGCUUUCAGAAUCCACGUUACAGCUUUUGGACACACAGCUUUACACGUGCUCCAGAGAUUGAAAAGCUAUUUGAGUCAGUGGCUCGAUCAUGUAUGACUACUACAUUGAAAUCUAGCGAUGAUGAUCUGUCCGGAAUUCCUCCAGCUGACCGCCUGAAAGAGUGAGCUCCCACUUCGGCAGAUUUCCACAUGCAUUAAUUGAGGAGCUGGGCAGUCAUAUAAAGACUUUGGGCACGGUUAGAUAUCCCAUUUAGCCAACGGAGUUACACCUGAUACAAGGAUGAAUGUUAAGACAUUCAAGGUGUGUGAAAGAUGGUGAAGCUAGCUAAUUGAGGAAUUGAGUAGCUUAGGCUUGUAUAGGCUGCCAAUACUUGUCAUCCAUAGUCAGUUGUUGAUCGCUUUUCUCAUAUAUUCGUAGUUUUCCUGGAGCACUAAAGCCAAAUGGCCAUUAGAUCAGCUGUACAUUAUUGUAAUUUAAGUGUGUUUAUUGAAUUUCUACAUUUUUGGAUUAGUCUCCUUAAAUUAUUUUGGUUA